GCUCUUGCGGACACUAGAUUGGCUGAAGAGACUAGCAACGAGUCGUCCAAGUCGUUGUAUGGCCUGAAACAAGACAUGGAAAAGGUGGAGGUUGAGUACUUGCAAAUCGGACGGGACGUGGAGCACGCGCUUACGGUGUCCGAUACGACGCGCCAUAAAGUACAGGAGACGGAGGAGAAGCGGAAAGUUCUGGAAAUCGAGUACAACAAGACCCAGGAGCUGCUGCAGGAGAGAAUCGGCAACAACAAUGAGCAAAAGGCACGAGCGGAAUCGUUGAGGCAGCAAGCCGGCAGGUUACUGGAAAACACUGAAAAGCACCUGAACGAGAUCGAAGGUGAGUUUUCUAGUAUUUAUAAUUUUUUCUAAUA